AUGGAGCGCGACAAGCACUCCGCGACACAAGGAAAUAGGAAUGAUGCUCAGAGUGGUCAGAUUAAGUCAUCAUCAGAUGAGACAAUGACUGUUGAGCCCAAAGUCAUACCAGCUCCCCUGGUCCAGGUUUCAAUGGAUCCUGCAGGACUCCCACUUAGGAGCCUCAAUGAAGAAGACACUAUUAAGGACCUCAAGACCAUCCCACGAAGGAAUUCCCCCAAUCCUGCAGCCUGCCUGCAGAGGUUUAGGCAUUUCCACUAUGAGAGUGCAGCUGGAUCCAGAGAUGUCCUCUGGCAUCUCCAGGAGCUUGCUGAACAGUGGCUGAGAACUGGCAUCCACACAAAAGAGCAGAUUGUGGAAAUGCUGGUGCAAGAGCAAUUGCAGGCCAUCUUGCCAGAGGAACUCAAGGCUCGGGUGUGGAGAUAUCAGUCCAGAGUUAGAAUUACUGGCUGA